GGAAGGCUGUUUCUGUCCUAAUAACACAUAUCUGGUUAGUUCGAUGACAGAUGAAUGCACACCUUACUGCGAUUGCAUUGACUCUGAUGGGAUAUCUAGAAAGCCCGGAGAUACAUGGAAUUCAAGCUGUAACACAUAUACAUGCUCCAAUGAGAGCUUUGGUAUUGUGUCAGAACCUAUGAAGUGUCCAAAUAUAACCUGUCCUAAUGGGUACAAAUCAGUUACUGAAAACUGCUGCCCAACCUGUGUUUGUGAUACUCAGAAGUGUUUUGAGAAGAGAUGUGAUAUUGGAUAUGAGCUGGCAGCAAAUAAAACCAAGGACAGCUGCUGUCCACCCUGUGUGCCUAAAGAUGUUUGUGUGUAUGAGGACACUGAGUACCAACCUGGGGUUAACAUCCCAACAGAUCCCUGCAAGCAAUGUAACUGUGGAAUGGAUAAAGAUCCAAAUACAAAGUUACAUACGGUUACUUGUGUCGAUCUAACCUGCACACCUUGUGCUGAGGGCUUUGAAGAGGUGAAUGUGGAAGGACAGUGUUGUGCAUUAUGUAAGCAAAAAGCCUGCAUAUACGAUGCACCAAACAACACCAAACUAAUUAUCCAGGUUGGAGAAGUGCUCACGCAGAAAUGUGAGAGCAUUUCUUGUCAGCGGAUUAAUGACACGUUUGUGCCGGUGAAGGCCGUGAAAACUUGCCCUGAAUACAAUUCAAAUGAAUGUGUCCCUGGAAGUGAGACAUCAGAUGCAGAUGGAUGCUGCAGGACAUGUGAGCACAGUAACUGUGUUCGAGUGAGGAAUACGACCCAAAUCCUUGUUAAUGGCUGCACCUCCAUUGGGCCUAUAGAAGUGACUUCCUGCAGUGGUCACUGUGACAGCCAGUCAAUGUAUUCAAUGGAGGCUAACAAAAUGAUGCACAGCUGCUCUUGUUGCCGAGAGAGUAAAAUCAGCACUAAAGAAGUGAAGCUGAAGUGUCCUGAUUACAGCGAGAUCACGUACAGCUACGGCUACACUGAGAGCUGUGAAUGCACACCAACAAAGUGCAUAGACUAGAAUACUUCUAGCAUAAAAUGUCUUUCAGUUUUUUGCCUUGAUUACUGUUGAUUUAAACAUUAUCUGUUGAAUAAGAAAGCUAUUAAUGUAAGCGAUUGUAGUGCGUAAUUUACAAACAUUACUUUGGUGAAAAAUUCCACUAUACAGCUUUUUGUUUGUAGUUUGACUUUGAUAGGGUGCUAAGGGAAUAUUGGGAACUGUAUUUCUUUUUCCGGCUUUAUCCUCUCUAUAACUGAAUGAUAUAUAUUGAAUGCUAAAAUGAAUGAUGAAUCCAAUAAAGCAAAAUA